AUGCAGGCGCGCUCAUUAGUUCAUGCUUAUACGUUAAUUACUAAGAGAAGAGUAAGCAGAGUUACUCGCUUGUGCUUGAAGAUGGCAAACGUGGAUUCGAAGCCAGCGCCUGGGACUGCGGACCAGAUGAUUAACGCAGGAUGGUACACGGAGUUAUCACCUAUGUGGCCUGGCCAGGGGCUUUCGCUAAAGAUUAAGGAGGUCUUGCAUCGGGCAAAGUCCGAUUUCCAGGACGUGUGCGUGUUCGAGUCGGAGUCCAUGGGGACGGUGCUGCUGCUGGAUGGUGUGAUCCAGUGCACGGAUCGGGACGAGUUCUCGUACCAGGAGAUGAUUGCGCACGUGCCCAUGUGCAGCCUGGAGCGUCCCGCCACGAAGGUGCUGGUGGUGGGCGGUGGCGACGGCGGAGUGCUGCGUGAGCUGGCUCGCUACCCGGAGCUGCAGGAGAUACACAUGGCGGAGAUCGACAGGAUGGUUCCGGAGGUGUCCAAGCAGUUCUUCCCGGAUAUGGCGGUGGGCUUCAGCGACCCGCGGGUCACCCUGCACAUCUGCGACGGCAUCAAGUUCGUGGAGGACUCGCCUGCUGACAGCUACGACCUCAUUAUCGUCGACUCCAGCGACCCGGUGGGGCCCGCGGAGGUGCUGUUUGAGAAGCCCUUCUUCGAGGCGCUCCACCGCGCCGUGCGGCCGGGCGGCAUCGUGUGCACGCAGGCCGAGAGCCUCUGGCUGCACCUCGACAUCAUCCGCGCCCUGGCGGCCAUGUGCUCCGAAGUCUUCCAGGGGGGCAGCGUGUCGUACGCAUCUUGCAGCAUCCCCACCUACCCCUCGGGGCAGAUCGGCAUGCUGGUGUGCGCCAAGGCGCGACCGGCGCAGGGGCCCGGCGGGGCGGACGGCGAGGCGGCGGAGGGAGCGGGGCCGCUGGACCCGCGAGUGCCUCGGCAGCAGGAGCCGGGGCCCAUUGCGAAGCUGGGGGUGGGGGAGCUGCGGUAUUACAGCCAUGAGGUGCACCGGGCGGCGUUUGCGCUGCCGGUGUUUGCGAGGAAGGCGCUUGCGGGCAGCCUCACGUUCCAAUGAGGAGGGCAUGCAGGGGAUGUUCGGGUGUUGGG